AGAAAUACAAAAAAUUCUUAUUGUGGUAUUGACAUUGGCUCAGCAGCUCAUUUUUUAUUUACAUUAUUGAGGCUGUCAAAACAAAUUUUUACAGCGGCUCACUCCCACAUCCACACCGGCUGGUUGAAUUUGUUGUUUUUUAUGUAAUACAGAACUAAGCAUGUCACGAAAUUUGGAUGCUGAGAGAACGAACCCCUGUUUAAAGGAACAAGAACUGUCUUUUAAAUGUUUAAGUCAAAACAAUUUUGAACAUGAAAAAUGUGAGGUUUAUUUCGCCAACUAUAACAAAUGCAAAGAUUUUUGGAACAAAGUCAGAUUAGAAAGAAGAAGAAAUGGCAUUGAACCUUAUUUGCCUCCAGUAGAAGAUCGAGCAAGAAUCAAAGCAGAAUAUAUGAAAACAAAGCCCCAAACUCCUUAAAACAACAAUAAAAUUUUUACUACGAUUUAAAUUAUAUUAUA